CUUAAAAGAGUAGCCACAUUACACACAUUUUACAUACGUUUUUCACGACCACUGAAUACUUUGUUUUCAGUUUUUCUUAUUAGAUAUAUAUCUUUACAUUCUAGGUUUAAAUGGGAAUUGGAAAAUAUCUGAAAUCAUUUACUAAAAACCAUCCCUGAACUGUCUUUCUUUAGAAGAAAUAUCACUUGGUUUAAAUUUGAGUUUAAUACUGUACAUUUAUUUAAGAUGUGGAGUAAAUUGGUGCCCCUGUUAUUCUGGCCAAUCUUGCUUUGUCUUCCUUGUUCUAUCUGAAACAUAACUCCACUUUGUUUACUUCUCUAACAUGCUGUUGAUCAAGUGCUUGCGGGCGGAAUCAGUGUUGUGUCCGCGUGCGCCUUUUCCGAGACGAUGUUAAAAGCUUUUCUCCAUUGCACAGUUUGCGACCCGUAUCCAUUAGUGUCGAUGCAUAUUUAUGUAGGCUACACAGCCGUGUACAUCCGCGAGUUCUGUUCCUAACUCCUUAGCUCUCUGUUGACUCAUCUCAUGCAGUCUUUUGUUUAGAGCACGGGGAUCAUUUCACAGCGCUGCAAUUACCAGUUUCGCAUCGAUUUCUGCUGCCAUCGUGCCCAGAACAGCGCUCAAUUACUGGGAAGACUUUCUCGGCAUGGCGCUUCGCCCACACAUUUGCAAAUCGGAGUCCUGUUAAAGUAGACUAGACUACAGGGUACACUACACAUACCGUCGAUAUGCUGGACCAUCGCUCCGGUCCUGACACUCCUGCAUCCCUGUCGACCAAUCAGAGCCGCGAUAGCGCUCCGCCCCUCCCGUUUCUCUCAGACAUGUGAUCCGAAGCGGUCUGGAAACCUGCCGCUCGCCUCCAGCGAGUUAUUGUGGUAAACAGGUACGAAUGAAUGGAGCUCCGCGAGUCUCUGACAAACUCACAGCGCUUCGCGAGCGCACGGAUCGAGGACAGUCAGUCUAUCUGACCGCACGUUGCUUCCUCCGUGGAUGUUAUAACUUCGGCGCGUCACUCGAAUGGGAUAUAUGCCUUUUCCCCCUAUAUUUCUGUUCCUCCAAACCACCUCUAGCGUCUUUUUUAGUUUGCUUUUUGUUUUCGCCUUUGAACAUUUUGCUUACCGAUCACCCGGCACACUUCCUUCCCGAUACCAUCUCCACCCCUGCCAUCGCCUUCACCACUUCAGCAUCCAGACCUCUCUCAUUCCGCAUCUGCACCCUCUCGCUUCGGGCGGAUCCUCCGGUCAUCCAGAAACACCCGCUUCAUGGGGCACACUUCUGUCGUCGGAAAAUGUCCCUCUCUUGGCUCCUGAGUUUACCGUCCAAGUUAAUCACAUUAGGACCAGGGCUGCCGUUGUGUGUCUGUGAACUAUAUCGGGGAAACUGAGAUGGGUGUCUCGGUGGCGGCGGCCCUACACGAGCCCCGAAAUCCGCAUCAGUGGAGCCGGAUAGUGGGACAUUGGGUAUGGAUUGCUGUCUUGUCCUUUCUCGCCACUUUCCCGGUGCAACAACUUGGCGCUUUCCCGUCCUCUCUCAGCGACUGUCAGACUCCAACUGGAUGGAAUUGCUCGGGUGACGAUGAACGGGACACAGAUCUCUUCCUUUGUGACACCAACACUUGCAAGUUUGACGGCGAGUGUCUCAGAAUCGGGGAUAUAAUAACAUGCAUAUGCAACUUCAAGUGCAACACUGACUAUGUUCCUGUGUGCGGCUCCAACAACGAAAACUAUGAGAACGAGUGUUUUCUGCGGAGAGAUGCCUGCAAACAGCAGACUGAGAUUCUGGUGGUCUCUGAAGGGUCCUGCCCCGCAGAUGCUGGAUCAGGAUCAGGAGAUGAAGGGAAUGAGGGUUCAGCGGAGAAUGGACAGAAGGAGACGUCCACCUGUGACAUUUGCCAGUUCGGGGCGGAGUGUGACGUGGAUGCAGAAGAUGUCUGGUGCGUCUGUAACAUAGACUGUUCCCACAUUAGUUUUAACCCCGUGUGCGCAUCAGAUGGCCGUUCCUAUGACAACCCCUGCCAGGUCAAAGAGGCGUCAUGUCAGAGGCAAGAACGAAUCGAGGUCAAAUUCCUGGGUCACUGCCAGGGUGACAUGAUUACAGGCACUAAAGCAGGAGAUGGACAGUAUGCCAGGACAGACUACACGGAAGAGAAGCCAGAAGUUUCAGAGGUGGCGAGGGGUUUGUACAUUCCCUGCCCUGACCACUAUAAGAACUAUUGCGUACAUGGAGACUGUGAAUAUCCCAACAUGCUCUCUACACCUUCCUGCAGCUGUCACUCAGGAUUCAGCGGUCCGCAGUGUGACACUAAAGAGUACAAUGUGUUGUACGUGGUGCCUGGUUCCGGAAAGCUCCGCUACGUUCUCAUCGCGUCUGUCAUUGGAGCUCUACAGGUGGCCAUCAUAUGUGUAGUGGUGCUGUGUAUCACCCGGAAGUGCCCACGGACCAACAGAAUCAACCGACAGAAACAGAACACAACACACUACAACUCUGAAAACACCCUGCGCGCCUCCACCCGUCUCAUUUGAAUGCUGGAAGCGGAGAAUCAUGGGAAUGGACAGGAAAUAUACACGCACUCUCCUUCCCCGCACAGAGACUUUGCAUCCUGCUGGAUGAUGGAACGGAGAUGGAUGAGGGCGCCGAUAUAACGGAGGAUGAUGGGUUCUACACGCGAUGCCUUGCACCUGUGGCACAGGACACAAACAGAGAAUUUUAGGACACCAUGAUAGGACACGUCCUGUUAUUUGGUUAUGUAUGGGUAAUAUUUCCAAUAGAUAAUUUGUUUGUCUUGGUGGGGUCCUUUUUCUGUAAUGUAAAUAAAUAAUUUAUAUCACAAACAUGUGUCACCAAAUUGUGCCUUUUCUUUUGUGGAUGCCAUGAUGUGUGAUGAAAAUCGUGAAUAGAAGGUACUGUAUAAAGUUGUUUCUGGUGAUUAUAGUGGGGACUUAGUGGGCAUAAAUGUUUCUAAAUAAAUAUAAAUACCAGAAGGCUUCAAGGAGUUUAAAUUGUUAAGAAUCUUUUAAAAGUACAUAUGACUUGUCAUUCAGGGAGUUUCAAGCAUUAUAUCACUGCUCAGAAAUGUAAGGGGAUGUUCACCUAAAAUGAAAAUUCUUACAAACCUGUAUGACUCUCUUUCUUCUGAAGAAAACACAAACAAAGAUAUUUUGAAGAAUGUCGAACGACUAUGGCUCCCACUGACUUCCAUUGAAUGGACACAAAACUACUGAGACAUUUCUCAAAAUUUGUGUUCCACAGACUCACAUACUGGUUUCAAAUGAAGUUAGGGUGAAUAAAUGAUGUUUUGUAUACAUGAGAAAGAACAUGUGGGAAACAGGAAGCUUAGGGACUGUAGAAAUUGUGGCAUUCUUCAAGAGAACCUCUUCCAAUUUCUUCAUCAAUCCCACAGAGCUCCAGCACUUCCUAUCUGACUGUCUCUGUGCCACAGGGGUAAAUUCAAAUCCAUUAAGCAUAUUUUUGUUGUCUGUACUAACCUGUUCCCUCUUCACAGAUCUUGGGGCAUGUUUUUAAAUGGAAUGUUGGAAAGAACUGUAGUCCUAGCCUUACAAAAUAUGUGUGUGAUUGUAGUUUGAUAUAUAAACCGUGGUACAAGCUCACAAGACCUGGUAAUACAGUGCUACUUUUUUGUUCUUCGGUCCUUGUAAUUACGCUGUGUUGCAGUGAAGGCUAUAAAUCUUGUGUAUGUGAUGUGUAAAUAAAUUCUGGCUCCAUAAAAUGCAUUUACAAAAUAUGGCACCAGAACUCCAGUCCCAUGCCCUGUUUUUAAAGAAUUGCCUCACAGGAACAUAGUACACAUAGUCUGCAUUGCUCUGCAACCCAGAUACAGCAGCCAAGUGUUUCACAAAACCACUUAUCUGAUUCAUGUCAUAACACCUUAAUACACUUACCACAAGUUGAAUCAAUACAUUUUAACUGAAUGCCAUUGUUGAUAUUUACUUAGCUACAGUGUUUAUCAGGUUUGCUUUCCCAAGCAGCUUGCAUUCAUUGCCACAGGAUUGGAUUUGUAUAGGCGGAUUCUAUUUAAGAAAUUAUAAAACAGGCAAUGACAUCAUUGACCCUCGUAGCAUGCUUUGAGAGUGAGCACAAAAUAAAUAAAAGGAUGAAGGCUUUUCCUUUGUCGUUAAUUUGACGCCCACAGCAUUGCAUUAGCCUAACAGUCAAAUUGAAGAACCAGUUACCACCAAACCCAUCCAAGAUUUGAACAAAGGUGCCAAUUAUAACUAAGGCUUCAUAACUGUGGUGUGCUCUGCAGCGACAUGCCUUUGCAUACUUUGAAAUUUUCCCAUGAAUUAAAGACACAAACCAUUCAAAGCUGUCAGUGACAUCUGAGAUCUCAAUAACAGCUCAUGGGAAUAUGGGAGCUAUUGAAAUGCAUGUCUGCUU